AUGGCUAUGCACCUCACAGAUCUUGGCGCUGUGCCGCUGUUGUGCAUCUUGUUCGUGACAUACUAUAUCGCCAGCUCCUUUGUGGCAUGGCAUCGCUUCAGACACAUCCCCGGGCCAUUCUCUGCAAAGUUCUCGUACUUCUGGCUGGUGAAAACCUCAGCUUCUGGCCAGAGCAAUGUGCGAUACACUGCUCUGAACCAAAAGUAUGGGUCUCUGGUCCAGAUGGCACCCAAGACUCUACUCACAGAUGACCCAGAUGUUAUCCGUCGAAUGUCUGGCGCACGCUCGAAAUAUGGACGGUCGAACUGGUACAGAGCUAUGAAACUUGACCCCACUGGUGACUCUAUGUUCUCUCUAUUGAACACAGAUGCACACGACAGAUUGAAGGCAAAAUGUGCGACAGCAUAUGGCGGUAGAGACAACCCUGCACUGGAAGGAGAUGUCAACUCGGAGAUUGCUGUCUGGAUUGAUUUAAUCCGUGGCAAAUAUAUCUCAACGGAUAACGAGCUUAAGCCGUUCGAUUUUGCUGAAUCAGCGCAGUUCUUCACGUUGGAUUCUAUUACCAAGAUCAGCUACGGGAAGGCGUUUGGAUACCUGCAAGAAGUGGAUGUUUACGAUUACAUUCGAUCCACAACAGAGGCGGUACCAUUCCUCAAGGUCUGCGGCGAGGUGCCGUUUUUACAAAACAUUGUCUUUUCUAACCUUGGUCUUCGCCUGAUGGGACCAAAGACUACCGAUAAGAAGGGCCUCGGACGGCUCAUGGGCGCUGCUAAGGAAGUCGUGGCGGAAAGAUUCGCACCAGAUGUGAAGCCUAAAGAGGACAUGCUUGGCACUUUCGUUCGUCGUGGGCUUACCCAAUACGAGUGUGAGAUGGAGGUUCCCUUCCAAAUCUUCGCCGGCUCCGACACGACAGCAACGGCGAUCCGGAGUACCAUGCUGCAUAUUGUCACCUCCCCUCGUGUGUACUCAACAUUGGUCAAUGAGAUCAUGGGCGGCAUCAAGUCGGGCGCGAUAUCAAGUCCGAUUGCAAAUGACGAAGCAAAGAGAUUACCUUAUCUACAGGCCGUCAUAUACGAAGGUCUCAGGAUGAAUGCGCCAUUCACCGGGCUUCUCGCCAAGGAGGUACCAGCUGGGGGAGAUACUAUCAACGGGUUGUUCGUGCCUGCUGGCACGAGAAUUGCGCAUAGCAUUUGGUCUGUUCUGCGUAGUCGAGAUGUCUUCGGAGACGACGCUGAGCUUUUCCGACCGGAAAGAUUCCUAACCACGGAUGAUUCCAAGCGACUGGAGCUCAAGAGCACUGUAGAACUAGCAUUCGGAUUUGGAAGAUGGAAGUGUUCAGGGCAAUCGGUUGCCUUCCUCGAGCUGAACAAGGUUUUCGUCGAGCUUCUACGAAACUUCGACUUUGACCUGAUCAAUCCAAGUAACCCUUGGAAGAGCCGGAACUUCAACCUGUUCAUGCAGAGUGAAAUGUGGCUCAAGGUUACUGAACGGGAGUUUACUGAACGGGAUGCAGCAGAGCCAUGA